CAGAAACCAGGUGGCUGUGAACGCAACACGGAAGUUCCGCUGUGACGUCACUGUCGCUCUUUAGAGCGGGACUGGACGACAGAAACAAACGUCGUGUGGAGCUAACUUCAACAGAAACAGACACAUCCGAAGCUCGUUCGUCCUAAACGAUGGCUCAUCACAUCGAAGCGGAUCUACCGGCCAGUCUAGCAUGUUUGAAAAACGUGGACUCCCUGCUUCGUUGUCCCAUUUGCUUUGACUAUGUCAACAUCUCCAUGAUGACCAAAUGUUCACACAACUUUUGUUCUUUGUGCAUCCGGAAAUUCCUCUCCUAUAAGCUGCAAUGUCCCGUUUGCAACACAUCGAUGACGGAACAAGACCUGAGAAACAACCGUUUACUGGACGAGCUGUCGGUAAACUUUCAGAUUGCAAGGCAACAGCUAUUAAAAGCUCAUUUUGACUCGCCCCCAAUAUCACCAAAGACGCCAGCAUCGGCGGCGAAGUGUCAGACUCCACGAGAGAAAGGCCACAAACCCACCAGCUCCGUUUUAAGCCGCUUUUUCCAGAAGAAGGUUAAAUCCCCGCCCUGCAAAGAAGAUGUUCAGCCAAGGGAAUCGCAGGCAGCACAACCCGGCAACUCAAGGAACGCCGAUGUUCAUACAGGACAACCUCGGACGUCAGCGGUUAUAAAGGAAGAGCCAAUGGAUGUGGAGGACUCCUCCACUCUGACUUUCAUACCAAUAAAACAUGAGGACGUGGCUUCACACACGACAAACCCCUCACCAUCAAAAGAUGUAAAGCCUGUAAUCAAAGUGGAGUGUCCAGUGUGUUCUGUAAGUGUGCCACAACACUUCAUCAACAAGCAUCUGGACUCGUGUCUCACCCGAGGAGAGAAGAAGGAGAGCCUGCGGAGCUCUCUUGGCAGAGGCCGGCGUCCGAUGGCAAAGCUGGUGUACAACCUGCUUUCCAUGCAGGAGCUGAGGAGGAGGCUGAAGGAGUGCCAGCUGUCAGCGCAGGGUUCCCGGGACCAGCUCAUCAGGAGGCACCAGGAUUUCGUCCAGUUGUUCAAUGCAGAGUGCGACUCCCUCAACCCAAAAUCAGCUGAAGAGAUUGCUAAAGAGGUGGAGGCCAACGAGAAGGCGAGAAGUCAACUCCAGGGGAAAAUAAAACCUGUCAUGGUGUUCUCCAAGAACCAGUCCGUGGAGGAGAUUGAGGAGAUACAUUCCAACUAUAGGAAGCAGCACAGCAGCGACUUCUCCAGGCUAAUUGCUCAGGUCCGAGGUCGCCUGGGGUCCAGCAGACAGCGUGGGGAUGCUCCCGGAGGGUCUGAGAGGAGAGAGGCUGUUCAGGAGUCGCACUCCUCAGCGGAAGCAGCAGAGCCGCCGAGUCACGUGGUGGUGAAGGUAGAGGAUGAAGAAGUGGAUGAGAACAGGUCUGCUGCAGGCUUUGAGCUGUCCUCCAGCCCAGCUCUAAGCGACGUGUCCAUCAGCAGUUCCGUUUCCGAUAUCUUUGGUCCAGAAUCUCCCAGAAAGUUUGACAGAGACCCAGAGAAGAUUCCGGUCCCGAAGAGGACGUCUGGCUCCAGAGGCGGCGAUGGGACGCCCCUGACGGGAAAACGAAGACGCAAGUCUUAAGAGUCCUUUACCGAUAGUGUUUGACAUGAAAGGUCUCUCAGUGAUUUUCAGAAGUUGUUUUGUUUAUAAAUGUUUUGGAAAUAAAUUUGUUAUAAUUUUA